CCACCAGAGGGAGAACUCGAAUUACACUGUAGACCAGACCAAAGCGGAUUAGACCGGAAUCUGUGUCGUUCAGUCCAGUGUUUUGAAACGAACGAAAUGGUCAGGUGGAAAGCGCAUCGAAAUUAAAAAGUAUCCCGUCUGAUAGCGGCUUUCUUCUGAAUUAUGAUACACAGCUGUUGUGAAAUAUUAAUUUCGAGAUUGUUUAAACUUGAUUGAAGUUGUAAACAAUGGAAGCGCUUUGGACCAAGAAAAUCGAAGACCCUCUUUCUUUGAUGAGUUUCACCAUUCCACCGUCGAGGUUACUGUCUGCAGCCAUGUGGCAGGUGACUGAACAGAGACAGGUGAAGCACUAUGGGAUGCUGGAGGAGUUUGUAACCAUGGUGACAGAGAGUGUGCCAGAUCUUCUGAAUUACAAUCAAAGAACCCAGCUGAUACUUGGUUUAAGAGCAAGGCGUCUUCUGGAGUUGUGUCGUGGUAAACGUCAGGUUAAUCUGGAGGACAUUCAGCCUUACCUGGAUCGAAUCCGUGCUCCUCGUGUCAAUGAGGUGGUUCGUGAAGACAUGGAGGAAUCUGAGGCCUGUUUCUUAGACCUCAUUCGGACCCUUAUUAGCAACCCUGAAGAGAGAGAGCAUUUCUUUCAGAACAUUUUCCCAGAGGAAUAUGGCCCCAAGUUUGACAAAAACCUAAAGACACUUAUGGAAACCUUCCUCUUGCAGUUUGAUCGGAUGAUGUCAGUCCCAGACCUUUCACAGACAGUCUCUUGGCUCAGGACCAGCCCGUCUCUUCUGGAGGAAUGUCUUCAUUCAAUUUUUGUCCCAAAGCAGAUGAAGACCCUGCUUGAACAUCACAGAGCUAAUGGAAGUCUUCAGGACAGUGAGUCUCUUCACUCUGCUCAUAACAGCUGUACAUUUUCAUCUCAGUCUCUCCCUCCGCUGGUUCGAGUCGUCAUUUCCAGCGAUCACACAGAAUCCGGCGACCCGUCUGAAUCAGGAGCCGAUGUAGAUGCUCAAGACAAAGAUGAUUGCCACACUUCUAAAACCUUGUCUGAUCCCGAUACGUCCUGCUGUACGGCUAAAAAGAGAAAAUUCAAAGUAGAGACAGAGGAGAGAGAGGAUGAAGAGGAUGAUGAUGAUCAGAAUUGGCCAAUCACAGGUGCCGGAUAUAGAGAAAAGAUGAACAGUUACGUUGACAGCUUUCUUGGUGAAGAGCUGAAUCAGACACACACUAAAAAAACCUCUAAAAAAUCCUCUAAAAAGAAAAGAGACGACAGUACAGACGUGUCCAGAGAGUUCACAUUUAUCAAUCAUUUGGGUGCAUACACAGAAGAGUCUUCCUACCAGACCUCUGACGCUUCAAAAGUCCCUUGGUCAGAGGAAGAAACGUUCAGCCUCAUUGACAUAUGGGGCAAAGACAGCGUCCAACGGAGUCUAAAAGACUGCGCCCGCAAUCGACACAUAUUCAACCUCAUCUCCAAGAAGAUGUUCGAGAGAGGCUUUACCAGAACAGCAGAGCAGUGUCACACCAGGAUAAAACGCUUGAAAAUGAGCUUUCGACAAUGCCAUGAAAACACUAUGAAAGGAGAGAAACCAGAAUGGAAGUUCUAUAAUGUUCUGGAGAAAAUUCUGUGCUGUAAAGGAUCUACAGAACAGGAAGACACUGUUACUGACAUCAGCAUUCCAGAAGAGUCCUCAGGACAGCAGGCAGAAGAUGACACUGAUUGGGAUGUUCUUGGUCAUGUCGGACUAGAGGGCACCAGGAAUAUCCCAUGGACAGACCAGGAAACGCAAACCCUCAUCAGGAUCUGGGGAGAGGACAAAACCCAGCGAGAGCUGAGAGGGGUUCUCCAGAACGGACACAUCUUUGCCAUGAUCUCAAAAAAGAUGGCCGCUCACGGCUACAUCCGAACAGCUGAGCAGUGUCAGAGUCGAGUCAAAAGACUGAAGCUUUGCUUCAAACAGUCUUACGAGAGUAAACACAUUGAAGGCAAAGAGCCAGUUGAAUUUAAAUUCUAUAAACAGAUGGAGAGAAUUAUGGCUAAUGAAGAACCAUGCUCAUCACAGAUCAAAGAGGAGGAGUCAACGGACAUUGAAUAUCAGGUGUACAAGUACCAAGAAAUAGAAACAGCAAUGAACUGCAUGGACGAUAGAAAGAAGGUCGCCUGGUCCGAUGCCGAGACACUGAUUCUCCUCCAGUUAUGGGGCAAUGAACAAGUCCAGCAGAACCUUCAACGUUGCCCUCACAAUGGCCACAUCUACUCAGAGAUCUCGGAGAAACUGAAUGCCCAUGGAUACCUGCGCUCCGCUGAGCAAUGCCACACCAGAAUCAAACGACUCAAAAUCAGCUACAGGCAGUGCAGGGACAGCAUGAGUUCACCUGAAGCUGAACGUGUAGAAUUCAAGUUCUAUGAUCUGAUGGAAGAUAUUUUUCAAAGGAAUGAUUCUUCUAAAGGGUCAGGAGAUAACGAAGCCAUCAAAUCGGAAUCUCAGGACACCUGCAACAGUGUGGACCAGACAACAUCCUGGUCAGACUCUGAAACUGUAGCUCUAAUAGAUGUUUGGGCAGAAAAUGAGGUGCAGGAAGCACUGAGAGGAUCCGUCCAUAACAUACACGUGUUUAAUGAUAUAGCAAAGAAACUGAACAAUCAGGGAUUCUUCAAAACACCAGAGCAAUGCAGAUGGAAGAUCAAGAACCUGACAAAGAAUUUCCGACAGUGUUAUGAAAGGAAAAAAUGUGGCAUAGAGAAAGUAGAUUGCAAGUACUAUGAUAAACUGGAGCAGGUUCUGGGUGAUGAGGCCUUUUCCAUGGAUGUCUAUGAUGAAGAUGAUCAAGAUGCAGAAUACCAGCAGGCAGCCAUGGUAGCCGUAUCUGAGUCCGGCAGGAAGAUGACCUGGUCAGACCGGGAGACGCAGGCCCUGCUGGACAUCUGGGGUGAUGACCGUGUGCAGCACAGCCUCAUGUCCUGCCCAAAAAACAGGCACAUAUACAGAUAUAUUUCAAAGAGAAUGAUGGCACUGGGUUUCAACCGAACAGGCGUGCAGUGCCACUCUCGUGUGAAGAGACUCAAGUCCCAGUUUUACUAUGAUGGCAGGGAGGAGUGUAAAUUCUAUGAUCAGCUGGAACGGAUUAUUUUAAAGGACAGAACAUCUGAAAGCCAGGACAUCAGUGAGCUGGAAUCCAUAACGGAUUCUGAUUCAGACUCCCUUGCGCUCUCCAAAUCUCUCACUGCGGACGGACCAAAGCUGGCAUGGGGUGACAGUGAGACGCACACUCUUAUAUCCAUCUGGGGGAGUGAUGCCAUCCAGGAGAGGCUGAAAGGCUGCGUCAAACGCAAACCUGUAUUCCAGCAGAUCGCACAGGUCAUGGCUGAGAAGGGCUACAGCAGAACAGAUGAACAGUGUCGCUCCAGGAUCAAAAGACUGAAGGCCAGUUACCGCCAGUGCCUUGACAAUUACAGAAAUGAAGGGGAGCAGGUGGAGUGGAAGUUCUUCAAACAGCUAAAUAAAAUAUUUGAGAAAUACCCUCUUGAUGACGCCGAAACCACCACGGCUCAGGAGCCAGAGGCAGUUGGGAGAAAAAACCCUAACAGGUCUGCAAAAGCAAAGAGCCCAGUCUGACUAUGCUACACUAGUCUGGAGUGGGCGAAAACCAUAUUCUCCUGGAUGUCUGGGCUGAGGAAUAUAAACCAGAUCUGAGGUACUUUCUGUCAUGUGGACCGUGGAGGAUGGUGACACACACAAACCUUUAAUCGGUCGAAUUCCAGGCAUGAACUUGUUGCUGAAAAAUCCAGCACUUCCACUACCAAGCAACAGAAAUACAGAACCUUAUUCUCUGUGAACAAAAUACAGUGCACUGGCACUGUAUUAUGCUCUUCUGUGCAUCUGAAAGACAUUUGCCUAAUGGUGCUGUUCUCAUGUGGUCUCAGUUGAUCAUGGUUUUCACAGGGUAAAUUUUAACACGGAACUUAAAUUUGCAUUAAAGCAUGUGAGUGGGAUGGAUUUGCGUAGUAAGAUGAGAACUGAAGCCAGUGGUCUACUGAACAAUACGAGGUACUUACAACCUCAAACUGACUCGAGUAACAGGAAAUAGAAGAACCAAGUCUGAACUUGUAGCAAAGCUCUUUCACUGUAACAAAUAAUCAUUUUAGAACAUGAUGGAAUAAAUGGAGGGAAUUUAGUAAAUCUUUUUCUUCCUAGUGCAAAAAAAGAAGAAGAAACUUCCAGAAAAUGGAUUUAUAUUGUAUAUUUGUAUCAUAAAAAGAAACAAAUUUGUGCUACAUGGGGAAAAACACUGAAAAGAAUUUCCAUUUUGUACAAAAGCAUUAACUUUUAAAGUAUAUUUGCUAGAUUUAACAAAAUUUAAUAUAUACAUUAUACAAAUGUAAGUUACUGUUACAAAGGAUGAUGCCAAAGCUCACUGCUCAAAUCUCAAUCUCUUUUUAAGAGUAUCCAAUUUGUAUUGGCAUGAGCCAAAUAACGGAUGAAUUUUACAUCCAGUCAGAAUUGGUACAGGGAUUGUGUGUACAAAAACAAACAGCAUUAUUCAGUGAUGGUGGAAAAGCGGACAGUAUUGUUGUUACAGUGAGUUUAUCCAAUAUGCUUCUAAAAUUUUGAAGUGGACAACAAAUAAAAUCGAGUGGCUUAAAUCUCACAUUGCUUUUGUCCUUGGACAUUUUACUGUGCAAUAAACAGAUUAUUUAUUGG